AUGGUCCAGAGGGUAACUGAAGUGGCGAGGAGGGGAGGCUGGACAGCCAAGAUCAUCCAAGGCCUGCAUGAGGACAUUGGGCAGAGCCCCUACAUCAACACCCUUGUUGAGUGGCCCACAGGCAGCAGGAUGAGGAGGUCAGAAGACAGAAGCCAGAGGGGUAGUCGGCUCAUCCUUGGAGGACGUCUCAGCCUCAAGAAGGGAGGCAAGAGAGAAGUGGUUGAGGUCGUGCAGGGUGCAAAUCCUGCUGAAAUCGGUGACCAUGAUGGUGUUCAUGAAGGAUGUCAUCUGGGCCACAAAGGCAUCGCUCCCAUCGAUGGUGAGCGGAUCAUGGUGUGCAGCCUGCAGAACCCAAUCUGUGGCUUUUGCAAUGGAUGUGGUCAACACCUCAAGAUCCUGGGCAAGAGGCUCCUCAAGCGGGCUGACCCCCACACCCGCUCUGCCACCUUGAUGACCCCAGCUAUGUGA